AUGGAUGGCACAACAAUCACUCUUUCCCAAUCUGCCAAGGAUCUGGGAGUCACGGUGGACAACGUGCUAAAUGUGAACCAGCAUAUACGCAACGUGUGUCGUAUCGCAGCUUUCGGGAUCCACAAAGCGUUUGGAGCGUGUGUUUACAUUCGCUGGGAGUUAGAGGAUGGCAGCUAUGAUGUUAGGUCUGUGACGGCUAAAUCUAGAGUAGCACCACUAAAGAAGUUGACGCUGCCGAGAUUGGAGCUACAAGCUGCAGUGGUUGCUGUUAGACUCGAUGCAACCAUCAGAGAUGAGACCACAUUAGAGUUAAGAGAGACAGUGUUCAUGACAGAUAGCAUGAUAGUGCUUGCAUGGGUUCGAAGUCAGGCGAUAACUUUUAAGCCCUUUGUGUCAGCUAGAGUAGGAGAAAUCCAAAGCAAGUCGAAUCCCCAACAGUGGAGACAUGUGAGUGGAGCAGAAAACCCAGCUGACGACAUUUCGAGAGGUGUUACAGUAGAGAAGUUAGAGAGGUGUAGAUGUGGUCCUCAAUUUCUAAGAUCGCCUGAGGAGGAGUGGCCACAGAGUGAGACGAAACCUGAGAUUUCGUCAAUGGACAGUGAAAGGCGUAAAGUUCAACAAGUGUCGAAUGUAGUAUUGGCAUCAGACUGCAUCGACUGUGAAAGAAUUUCCAGCUGGAAAAAACUGGUAAGAGUCACUGCAUAUGUGCAGAGAUUUACCCACAACAUGAAGGCGAGGGUAAGAUCAGGAGAUGAGAGAGAGAAAGUGACGGUCGGACCACUUACAGCAGCUGAGCUAGGUGAUGCAGAGAUGUACUGGGUCAGAGAGGCUCAGAAACGGCUACAUGACAGACUGAAGAAGGGGGAGUUCAAGACUCUAACCCCCUACAAAGAGAAUGGAAUCAUCAGAGUUGGAGGUAGAGUUGGAGAAGGAGUGAUUUCGUAUGACAGCAGGCAUCCUGUGUUACUACCUCAUCAUUAUCGCAUCUCUACGCUCAUCACUAAGCAUGUCCAUGAAUUGGGGCAUGAUGGAGUUGCGACAACGGCAGCGAAAGUGAGAAGCAACUACUGGGUGAUUGGCAUACAUAGGCUUGCCAAGACUAUCAAGCACAGGUGCGUGAUGUGUCGUAAGAUGCAGCACAAGGUCGAGUCGCAGUUUAUACCAGAGAUACGUUGA